AUGGCGGCCGAAUCGGACAUGGCUCAAAUGAUGAUGGCGGCCGAAUCGGACAUGGCUCAGAUGAUGACGGCGGCCGAAUCGGACGUGGCUCAGAUAACGACCGCGGCCGCGGGCGAUGUUGUCCCGGUGGCGUCGGCGACUGCGGCUGCUCGCCCGCACGACUUUACUCUGCAGUACCCGAUCCGGCGCGAGUACUUUCUCGACACGUUUGUCCAGCAAGCACCGGCCCGCAUCCGUAAGAGGCGGCACAAUGGUGCGCGCUUGGUGGCGGCAGGCGCCGAGGCGCUCGAGAGCAGCAUCGCAGAGACUGUGGCCGACUUGGCUGAGUCCCGGCCGCCGCUGCUGGUCUACGUCCACGUCCCAUUCUGUGCAUCAAAGUGCACGUACUGCAACUUUGCUGUCGACACGCGCCAAACGAGCACACUCCACGCAGCAUACGUGCACGCGCUUGGACGUCAGAUGGCUGCCCUCGAGGCCAUGCUUCCUCCAGACAAGAUCCUUGGCGGCAUUGACAUCGGCGGCGGGACGCCGACGCUGCUCUCAACGUCACUUCUGCGUGAGCUCCUCGAUCAGCUCGCGCCACUGCGGGCCCGAGUUGCACCGUCGUUGGAGCACCCUCUCUCAAUCGAGACAACGCCGGCCAUUGCGUCGGCCGAGCCUGACAAGAUGGCAGCACUUGUGGCCGGCAGCGUCGACCGCAUCUCUAUGGGCCUACAGUCGUCGUCGGCGGCUGUUCUUCGCGAUCUCAACCGCGAGGCCCAGGUCGAUGCGCCAGCCCGUGCUGCAGACGCCAUCCAUGCUGCUGGCUUUAAGCGGUUCUCGGUCGACAUCAUUUUUGGUCUUCCGGACCAGACCAUGGAGAUGUGGAUGGCCGACGUGGCCGCCGCCAUCGCCCUCGCACCCGACGCCAUCACCACCUACGACUGCCUCUAUCGUGGCAAGGGCCGGGUCAUGACUCGCCACACCGCCGCCGCCGCGCUGCCGUCGUGGCGCCGCCACUACGGGCCCAUGUACGAUGCCGCCUACGAUGCACUUGCCGCUGCUGGCUACGUCGCUCCAUACGGUUCGGUCAACUACUCGCGCCAACCUGGCGAGACCGGCACCUCGGCGUACUUUGAGGCUCGCCUCCGCGAUGGCGCCCCCUACAUCGGCCUCGGCAAUUACGCCUCGUCGCUUCUCGGCGGCCCGCUUGACACAUGGGCCUUUGCCCCCUACACCGUCGACGGCUACCUCGCCGCCAUUGACGCGGACAACCUCUUCCCCGCCGACUUUGCCUACGCUCUCCCCACUUCCGAGCUUGCGGCCAAGACCGCGCUCCUCCAGCUCACUUUCGGCAGCGUCGACCUCACGCGGCUGGCUCGCUCGCUCGGCUGCGACGUCGACGCCGUCGCCGCCGAGCUCGGUCCGGGCAUCGCUGCCGCGUGCGAGUCUGGCUGGCUCGCGCCGGCUGCUCCCGGCUCGAAUGUCUUCUCCGUCCAGCACGGCGCGUUCGCCGCCAUGCCCUCGGUCCGCGCUCUCUUCCACACCCGCGGUUCGCUGCAGUGGUACCAGGCGCAGCUCCGCGCAACGACGGCGCGAUGAAGCUGGAGGCGGAUUUACGCGCUGGCGCCGUCGGCAAAGUUGGCGGCAAACGAGGCUGCGCGGGCAUAGGACCCGCCCGCGACAUGCGGUGUGGUGGCGGUCGACGAGCUUGCCGAUGCGGCCGGCGACGAAGACGAAGACGACGGCGCGACGGCCACCCGCGAGAUGUGAACCUGCUCGUAGAAGAGGACGUAGACGCCCUCGGGCGAGAUGUUGGCCUGCGGCGCAAACGAGACCUUGUCGUCGUCAAACGUGGCCCACACGUCGUUGUUCAUCCGGACGUGGGUGAUGUAGUGGCCCUUGUGUGCCGUCCGGCCAAGGUGCUCCACGGCGGCAGUAAGCCUGUACUCGCGCGAGAUGAGUGACGACUUGAGGCUCUCGGAGCAGAGGUUCUUGGGAAUGGUGAGCUCGUGCUCAAACUUGAUCGGCCGCACAAUCUUGAUCGGCCCGCCGGCCUUGUUGUAGGUAAACCGCUUGAGCGAGAAA